GGCUACCUGGAGGAGCUGGUGCGUCUGCGGGAGUCCCAGCUGAAGAACGUGGAGACGGAGAACAAGAAGCUGAGUGUCAGGCUGGAGGAGCUCAGAGUCCAGAGCCUGCAGGAGAAGAAGGAGCUGGAGUCCAUCGUACUGGAGCUGCAGGCACAACUCACUGCCCUCAUCCCCUGUGAUUCCUCCCACCUGACUAAGGAUCUGUCCAUCCCUCUGGUCAACCAGUGGCCCUCCAUACGAGGCUACAACAACCAGGGGGACGUCAAGCUCUUCCGCAGGAGAAGCUUCCACAGUUUGGAGCAGCUCUCAGCUGACGUCAGUCUGAACUCUGAUUCCCAGAAGACCGAUGGGCAACAGAACGGAGAUACAGGAAAAGACUACACCCCUUCUAUGCUGGGUCUCUGUGGCUCUCUGGCCUCUCUCCCCAGCUGCAAGUCCAUGUCCAGCCUCAAGUCCAGUGAGUGUCUGGUCAACAUCAGCAUGGAACCCAGCCCUGCACUCUCCCCCAGCUAGGGGGCGCCAUGCCAACAGAGCUCUGUCUGCCCAGCGCAAAGCCAACAACACCCGCCUGCCUCAACCUGGAGACACUCAAUAGAUCUUGAACAUCUACCUACCUACAUACUGUCACUAUUAACACAGUUACCAACAAAACCCUUUUUCAACCAAACCCUUCUCCCACCAAAUCCACCCACUGCUUCAUGUCUGCAAAGAAUAGAGGGGGAAAAGCUCUUCAAUAUUUCUGGAUUUUUGUGUGGAUUGAAUUAAAGUUAUAAUGAAACUAAAAGGAUCCUAGUUCUUCUGUGCCCCUCCUUGCCCACACCCUCCCUCAUAUCCUCACACUGUCCAUCCUGCUCUUUCACUGUUGUGUGUGUGAAUUCCUAUGUCAAAAUGUUGGCCUGUAUUUAAUGACUUUUGGACACAUCUAACUAUCGUAAUUCAAAGAUACAAAACUAUCCAAAAGCAUAUAUUUAUUGAUCUAUUUAAAUUCUCCUCUCCUCUAGAUCUCCUUAUCCAUUACUUUCUCUGCACCUGACCCAUCUGGUCAUUGUACUGUCUGUGUGUCAGUCUGUCCCGGCCCUGCCUCAGCCUGUCAAAAUGACAGACAAACUGGAAUGACGCACUUGCGAUUAAGUCAGAACACUUGGAGGAGAAGUCUGAACUGAAUUCUAACAAAAACAUCAGCUAUUCUUAGGUAUUUGUGAGUGGAUGCAGGUUGAGUGUUGCUAACAUAGUGGCUAGAUGUGUAUUUGAUGCAUGUGUCUGAAUGAUAUUGGCAUUGUUCCUCCAUUGUACUGGGUUUUGGAUGGCCUGAAUCUCCAGAUCACUGACCUGUUUGAGUAAUCAGACAUUACUGUUUCAGUAUGUGUUCAUGUGUGCAGCAAUUGGUUACGUCUGUCUAUCAACAGUUUUGUUGUCACUUUGCUUUUUAUAUUUUGUUGAUGAAUCUGAUUUUAUAAAUCAAGUGUUCUGUUAUUUUUACACAUGCAUAUUUGGUUAUUUUUGUUCAAUGACCAAUGCUAUUAGUUGCAAUAAACUGCCUUAUUUUUGUUAUGUCAA